UGUAUUUUGCAGCCUUCACUUAGCUUAUGUUCUGUGUUGUUUUUUUCUACGCUGAUGGUUUGCUCAGAACUUUGAAGCAUUAGAGCAUGCAGACGCCUGGCGACGAGGCGCCUGGGGACCUGUGCGACUCCUGGUCCGAGCUGCACACCGUGAGCAGCUUCGACUCCGGAGACCUCGCAGGUAUCAACGUCCUGCCCUCGCCGAGUGAUGGUCGUGUGGACUGUGCAGCGGGCAGCACGCGCCCCGCGGGGGGGUCCGGGGAGCCGGAGGUGCUGGUGCGCGACCUCCAGCCGCUGUCGGGAGUCAGCCUGCUGGUCGAGUGCCUGAUCGAGCAGCUGUGCCGCCUCCUGGAGAGGGACCCCGUCGUGCGGAAGAAGCUGUACCACGUCAUCUGCACGAAGCUGCGCAGCAUGAAGCUGCUGGACGAGACGUACGGGGUGGAGGAGUUUGAGUUCAUGCGCACGCACUACCAGCGCGCGCUGUACCAGCUGCUGGGCGCGUCGCGCGCCGUGGCCGUGCCGGCCGCCCCCGCGCUGCACGUGCCGAGCCCGGUGCUCAACCUGCUGUCGCUGGCCAACCAGAACCGCCUGAACUGGUCGCGCUACCACACGGACUACGAGCAGCUGGCGUUCAUCAACAAGGGCGGCUUCGGCGAGGUGUACCGGGUCCGCAACAAGCUGGACGGGGAGGAGUACGCCGUCAAGAAGAUACGUCUGCGGUACCGCGACGUGAAGUCGUUCCUGCAGAAGCUGCAGGAGGUGCGCACGCUGGCCCGGCUCGAGCACCCCAACAUCGUGGCCUACAAGGCGGCCUGGCUGGAGCCCCUGGACUGCUCCCCGCUGGCCGAGUGCUCGCCCCACGGCCGCGCCCUCGACACCGCCGGGAGCAGUCUCGAGCGACAGGAGUCGGAGGCGGCCAGCGAGGACGACUCGUGCGGGGUGGAGUUCCAGGACAGCGGCGGGGAGACCUCCUCGAGCAGGGAGCUGCAUGUGGUGCGAGCCGAGAGCCUCUGGGAGCGACGGGAGGUCGUGUCCGUGUCGCACGAGGCGUGGGCGGUGCUGUACAUCCAGAUGCAGCUGUGCGACGACACGCUGCAGCAGUGGCUGGCGCGGCGCAACGCGGCGGAAGGGACCGGCCGCGCCGACGCGGGCCGCGCCCUGGCCGUGUUCCGGCAGGUCGUGUCCGGGGUGCAGUACAUCCACGCCAAGGGCAUCGUGCACCACGACAUCAAGCCCAGCAACGUGUUCGUGAACGCGGACCUGACCCGGGCGCAGGUGGGGGACUUCGGGCUGGCCUGCUGCUUCCAGCACUCGCCGGGACGCGUCACGCUGGUGGGGCCAGACGGCUCCGGCCCGCGCGGGCACACCAGGGAGCUGGGCACCGUGCCCUACGCCGCGCCGGAGCAGCUGCGCGGCACUUGCCACCCCAAGAGCGACGUGUACAGCCUGGGCAUCGUGUUGUUCGAGCUGCUGCAGCCGUGCGCGACGGCGAUGGAGCGCACCAAGCUCAUCUCCGCGCUCAAGACGGAGCGCGCGCUCCCAGCGGAGCUGCAGCCCCGACUGGCGGAGCUGAUCCUGGCGCUGACGGCCCCGGACGUGGACGCGAGGCCGACGGCCGCCCAGCUGCUGGACCGGCUGUGCCGCGCCGCCGCCGAGACGGGCGCGGCGGAGGACGACUGCGACAAGGACGCGCUGAUCGACAGGCUGCGCCACGUCGUCCGCGAGAAGGACCAGGAGAUCGAGCGCCUGGCGGCCAGGGUCCAGCAGCUCGAGCGGCAGAUCGCGCAGAGCAAAGUGAACGGACUCGUCCCGAGCUAGUCCCCGGGAAACAUUUCGUCGGACGUGCGACGGCCAGAACGAUGUGAAUUUUUUUACAGUGAUGCAUCCGGACUGAUACAGAUUUACAGACUUAGCUGGUUACACAACUAAAGACACUAGUCAUCAGCAUUUUAGUGUGAUGAGUCGGCCGAGGUAUGAAUAAUGAAAAUGUUACUAAAUUAUUAUUUAUUUUCAAGACAAUAAGUACAAAAUGUGACAAAUUGACAAAGCAGCUUGUAUGUGUCCAUUACAACAAGUAUUUUUUUUUAA